AUGUUCUACCAACCUGGAAUUACCGAUCAUGGUCUUCCCCAUGAUCCAUUUAAGGCAUGUGUUGUACCGAGACCUAUUGGCUGGAUCUCCACCAUGAACAAAAAGGGCCAGGCCAACUUAGCUCCAUACAGUCAAUUCAAUAACCUCUCAUUCGACCCUCCGCUAGUCAUGUUCAGCUCAAAUCAGACUUCCCAGGAGAACCGAAAAGACACCGUGGUGAACGCCGAGCAGACAGGAAAGUUUGUCUGGAACCUGGCCACCUGGGAUCUGCGAGAAGCUGUCAACAUCUCGGCUGAACAGGUUCCCUAUGGAGUCGAUGAGUUUGAGCGCGCUGGCCUAGCUAAGGAGCCCGGGACACUGACUGGUAUCCCCAUGGUUCGGGACUCGCCAAUCAAGUUUGAGUGCGAGUAUUUAUCAACCCUGCGAAUUCCUGGCAACGCGCCUAUGGGUUCAGUCGAUGUUGUGAUUGGCCGAGUUGUAGGAAUUCAUAUCAAGGAUGAGGUGUUGGUAAAUGGACUGAUCGAAGUCUCGCUGACUAAGCCGAUUGCGCGCUGUGGCUAUUUUCAAUACACAGUUGUGGAGAAGACAUUCGAUAUGAUCAUUCCUGGUAUGUCUGAGGAUGUCCUAUAUGGGCUAGAAGGCAACUCUCGGAAAAAUAGGGAGGCAGAUGCACGCAGAAAAGAUCUGGAUGUGUGA